AUGAACAUUAUAUAUUUAAGUAUAUAUAUAUUUACUUUUUUCUUCUUACAAAUAUUCUUAAAGAAAAUAGCAUCAAAAAAUGUUAAUUCCAAAAAAGAAAAAAGGGGUAGAAGUUCAAGUACUAUAAAUAGUGUUGAAUCAUUAGUAGAAAAUAUAUUAGAAGUAAUUCAAUUUUUAGAAGAUAUAAAUAAUUAUGUUAUUGAUUUAAAAAAGGAAAUACUAGGUAAAUUAGAACUUUUAAUACAACAUGAUUCAAAUUUAUAUGAUACUUAUGAGUAUAACGAAAGUAUUUUAAAUCAAAUAUAUUACCAUAAUGAGAGUAAAUUGAAAAGGUAUUAUGAAUACAUAAAAAAUGUGAAAAGUGAAAAGUUGGAAAUGUUUAAUGAUACUAUAAAUAAUUUCCACCAGGAAAAUAUUUUUUAUCUAAAUUUUAUUUAUAAGAACCUUCUUACAAAAAUUGAUUUAAUAAGUGAUUUAAAUAACAAGGAACUAAAUGAUGAAAAAAAAAAAAAUUUAUUAGAACUAACAGAAUAUUUUGAUAAAUUAAAUAGGAAAAUGUUCAAAAUGCAAAAUAAAUUUAAUGAAGUAAUAAAGGAUGAAUCUAUAAUAGUAAAAGAGGCGAAUGAAAAAUAUAUCAAAUCACUAGAUGCUUUUGUAAUGGAUUAUUUAAGAUCAAGCAUUAAUUAUGAUACAUUUUCUAGCUAUGUUAUAAACGAUUUUUUAUUAAAUGAAAAGAAAAUAAAUAUUUUAAAUUAUGAUAAUAAUUCUUUCUUCAAAAACAAUUUUAUGAAUUUUAAUUUUUUAUUUAAUUACAUUAAAGAAAUAAAAAAACAAAAAAAUUUUAAUGUAUAUAUAUAUUUAAAAGAUCCCAUAAUUGAAGGAACUGAAUUAUCGUAUUUAAAUUAUUAUGUUGUUAUUGAUUUGCAUAUAAUUGAUACGAUAAUAAAAAAUGUUAAAAUGUUAAAAGGAAGAGGAAACAAUAAAGAUGGGAAGAUAGAUGGUGUAUUAAUAUGUAUUGAUAAUUAUAUAGUAAAAUAUAAUAUAUUAUCAAGUAAUAUAUAUUUAGAUAUGCAACUAAGUAUUAAGCCGUUUCUCGAUAACAAGAAAUAUAAGAAAUAUAACCAAGAUAAAAUAAAACAAAUAUAUUUCUAUUUAAAAAACCAGUACAAUUUAUAUUAUAAGAAUACUAUUUUUAAUGAUGAUUACUAUAAAUAUAGAAUUGAAGAUACAAUAAAAAAUGAAGAAUAUAUUUUAAAUAAAUCUUUAUAUAUAAAGAAAAAGAAUAUUUUCUUCGAUUCAGAGAAAAAUUAUUACAAAAAUUUCUUGUCUAUAUAUACAUAUGACGAAAUUUUAGAUAUAGUGUGUAAUAGAACAGAUACAUGUAACAAAAGUAUGAUUAAUACCUCACAUGAAGUAGGAAAAAGCACUUUUAUUUUAGAAAGUCAUUUGAGAUUAAAAAAUGAAUUGAAAAAAUUUUUUGAAUUGAAACAAAAUGAAUUGUUAAGAUAUAAAAAGAAAGAUGAUUCCUGCAUAAAUAAUAAUUUAUUAUUAAGUAAUUCUAAUUUUAGUAAUAAUAAUAAUAAUAAUAAUUCAAAUAAAUGUGCCAUAGAAAAUAAUAAUAUAUUUAAUAAAACUGACUGUUUUAAAUCACUUAAUACUAUUCCUAUGUCAAAUAAAAAGGGAGAAUUUAUCAAUUUAAAUAAUAUUUAUGAUUAUUUAAAUACAUAUUAUGUAUCUUAUCAAGAAACUUUUAAAGUUUCAAAAAAAGAACAAUACUUUUCUAUUUUAAAUCAUAUUUUUCAAAGCUAUCUAAAUAGUUCAAAUUCAAAUCACAUCAAGAAUAAAUAUCCCAAUAUAGAAAAUAGACAUAUUUCUAUAAAUUAUUUAGGUGUAUUGCCAGAAAUAUUAAAAGUUUAUAAAACAUUCAAAUACUGCGAUUCUUUAUAUACAUUAGCAAAUAGUUAUAUUCAAAAAACCUCAAAUGAUUGGAAUGAAGACGAUGAAACAGUUAAAGAAAAUGAACAUAAUAGUGAUAACGAUGAAAUAACAAAUGAAUCUAAUUUUUUGAAAAAACAAAAUCAAAAAUAUAUGCUUUUAUUUCAACGACAUUUACAAGAGGAAAUCAAAUUCAUUAAUUUUUUUGAAAUUUUAGUGAAAAAAAGAUUGGGACUUAUUCUUGAAGAAAGUGAACAUUUAAAAUUAUACAUUUUUUACGGGAAAAAAAACAUACCUGACUUACCUUUUACUCCAUUAUUUUUUAAUUGCAGAACAAUAAUUAAAGUAGAAGUUUUAAGGGAUAUAAAAACAAAACAAAUUAUAUAUUCGAGUCGAUCUUUUUUUUUAGAAACUUUAAUAACUUUAAAAGAGUAUAAAAUUAAAAAUGAAAGUGCCUAUAUAACUAUUGAAACAUCGAAUGAAACAAGUUCUAUAAAGAAAAAAUUAAAAAUGGAUAUCUUAAAUAGAAUAUCUCCUAUGUCACAAAUUAAUGCUUAUAUUAUUUCUAGUAAAGGCAGAGAGAAAGUUUAUCACAAGGGAAACGUAUAUCAGAGAUCAGCAACUGAUAUAAAACAUGUUAUUAGCGAUAUAAGAAAUGACUUUUUAAAUACUAUUUUACCUCAGUACAAUUUAUUUGAUUUAUUUGAUAAUUAUAUAUAUAUCAUAAUUUGUUUAAAAGAUGAAAACUGUUAA